AUGUCUCUAGCUCGUCACGUCCUCCGCUCCUGCCGCGCAGGGCCCAACACCCUGCCAACAGUCACCCGCAUCCAACCCAUCAACCACUUCUCCACCACCCGACCCAACCGCCUCCAAACCACCGACAAAAAGAACCGCAUUCCCGAAAAAGAAGUCCCAGUCACAGACUACGAUGCCGGCCACAGCUCCGCCCACAAACACACCGUCCACGUCUUCCAAGACGGCGCAACCCCCCACACCAACAUUCCCCAGACCUGGCAAGAACAGGAAUCCGUCCACCCGCUCACCCGCGACGUCUACGAAAAAUUGCCCCACACAAUGCGCAACAUGACCAUGUUCGGCAAAACAGUCAUCAUCACCGGCGGUGCCCGCGGUCUGGGAAACCACAUGGCCCGCGCCUGUGCCGAAGCCGGCGCAAAGAACAUUGUCAUCUUCGACGCGAACCAGGAACUCGGAGACGAGGCUGCCGCCGAGCUGCACGAUAAGACAGGUCUACCUAUCUCCUUCUACCGGGUUGACGUGCGCGAUGCCGCAGCUAUCACCGCCUCGGUCGAAGCUUGCGUGGAAAAAUAUGGUGUGCCCGAUGUCCUGAUUAACUCAGCCGGUAUCGCGGACUCGAACAUCAAAGCCGAGACCUACGACGUGGCCAUGUUCCGCCGUCUCAUCGACAUCAACCUCACAGGAUCAUUCCUCAUGUCGCAGGCCGUUGGUCGCGCAAUGAUCGCAGCCCGUAAGCCCGGCAGUAUCAUUUUGGUUGCUUCCAUGUCUGGAUUGGUAGUGAACUACCCCCAGGAACAGAGUUGCUAUAACGCGUCCAAGGCUGGUGUGAUUCAAUUGGGCAAGUCGCUGGCCGCGGAGUGGGCGAAGAAUGAUAUCCGGGUUAACACUAUUUCCCCGGGUUACAUGGACACAGCGCUGAACCGGGUUCCGGCUCUGGAGGCGCAGAAGAAGAUCUGGAAGUCGUUGACUCCGCAGAACCGGUUAGGCAAUGUGGAUGAUCUGAAUGGUCUUUGCGUUUUCCUUGCUUCGGAUGCGUCCAAGUUCAUGACGGGCGCAAACUGUGUGAUUGAUGGUGGUUAUACUUGCUAUUAA